CAAGUAACCAACAUCUACUCAACAAUGCAUCUUCGAUGUUGGACCAGCCAUGCUGUCCGCGAUCUUUCAACUGUUUCGCAUGCGCUGGGCGUCGUUAUUUGCCUCUUUAUCUAGUCUGUGGGAUCGACUCCUACAGAUUACUCAUUUCUCGACUAUUAAAAGGCUAGAAAUAGAAAGCCAAAGCAAUAUAGCCGAGAAUGAGAUUCACACGCCACAACUUACAGAAUCAGAUACGAGCGCCCUCAGCCUCAGUGGCAAGAAAUUCCCUGUUGCUACCGACGACCAGUAUAACCAAGCAAGACGAGCAUUUAUCGAAUCCCUCGAUUCAGACGCGGUCUGUGCAUUGGCAUCAAAAUACAACAAUGACAAGUGUUGUCGGGUCGUGAACAAGGCCAGCGGCAGCUUCAAUGUUUGCUUCUUCAUCGAAUUUGACACAGAGGAGCCGAAGUGGGUUGUUAGGGUCCCCAUCGAGCCCGCUGUUAAUAAUCCUUGGGAUAAAUUACUGAGCGAAGUGACGACUAUUCAGUACCUCAAGCAUCACACCCAAAUCCCAGUCCCCCGCGUCCAGGCUUAUGGUCGUGGCGCUGUGUUGACCAAAACUGGCAUUGGAUCUCAAGUGUUUCUCAUCACAGAUCUCAUUGAGGGUCAACCGCUGGAUAAAAAACUUUUACUUCUAAAUAAGGAGGAGCACCGAAGAAACUUUUACUCUCAACUGAUCGAUAUCCUCAUUGAGCUUUACAACCUCAGAUUUUCCUCAAUCGGCUCUCUAAUGCCGAAUCCUGAUGACCCCUCGUGUCCUGUUCUGGGCCCUGUCAUGUCCAUGUCUGCCACCUCACUUCGCUUGCCCCCUCAGCCGACCUUUUCUUCCGCCAAGGCAUACAUGAAAUACCAGUUUGGCCUCGUGUCAAGGUUCUUCUCGCCUCCAGUUCGCGAUCAUACUAUUGAGGAUAUUCGACAAGAGGUUUUUGCGCUUCACGGUUUGGAACGUAUUUUUGACCAGCUUGUUGACCCUCAGCUAGACCAUGGCCCCUUCAUCUUGAAUCAUCUGGACUUACGAAGUCCUAACAUUAUCGUGGAUCAAAAUCUGCAUAUCCAGGGCAUAAUUGACUGGGAGUUCUCAAGCACUGUUCCACGUCAAACCUUUACGCCGCCAUCGUGGAUCACGGGCCAUGACUCGGUCGAGACGAACAAACAAAUGCACGCCGAGUUUUGCAGCGUCUUGAAUGAAAAAAGUUCCAACAACGAACUCUGCGAUCAGUUGAGAAGGGAGUGGUAUACUUGCGAGCUCAAUACUAACGAUACGGACAUCAAGUUUGCCGUCGCUCACAUACUACAUCGUCCUACCGACGCCACAGACAUAUUUUAUGAUUUUUUGUCUUACAAAGUAAUCAAUAAUCUAUCUGACGAUAACCUUGAUGAUGUGGUUUCAGAGUUUUUCAGUGAGCAUCCAACACUUGCCUUAGAUGCGGAACGUCGGGCGGAACGGUGUGAGCGAUAUACCCAGUACUUAAAGGAAAAUGGGCUAUAUGAGACCCAGCUAGAUAAGAUACUCGCCGAGUCAAAAGCCCUAAAGGAAAAAUACGGCUGGCAAUAGUCCUGAUAAACUGAACGCCUGUAUCAUUUUGUUAACUCUUUCUCUCGUUCCUGCAGCUCAUGUAUCUUUCACCACAUAAGACCGAGACUUUCUUCUUUUUCAGCUCGCCUGCACUCAUAGUCCUCCUUUUCUUCCUUCACAGAUUUAACCUGAGCUUUGUUUCUUUUCCCCCUUGCGCUCGAGGCACUGCCUGACAUUUGUUGAAGAUCUAACUGUUCGAUCCUGUUGAUAAAUUGAAUGAUUUCGUCAAGCUCUUGUUGCUCUUUUGAUACGUCUGCCAUUAUUUCGCUGAUUCGUUUUCUUAUAUCGCUUAGUUCCUGAGCAGUCGGAUCCAUAGUGACGGGUAUUUGCUGGGGUAGGGUAGUAGCUGUAUGGGUGGUCUUGUUUUGGCGUUGCUGAUGUUGAGGUUAGCUAUCAUGCCCUGAAAUAUGAUUGAAGACGUGC